GACGACUUAGCUCAAGAAGCUGUUUCGGCCUUGGCGGGCGUUUACGGCACGGCGUAUACUUUUGGAAGCACCAUCGACACUAUAUACCAGGCCGACGGGACGACCAUCGAUUGGAGCUACGAAAACGGGGUCAAAUAUUCCUACACCUUUGAGCUGAGGGACACGGGUCGAUACGGCUUCAUCCUGCCCGCCAAUCAAAUCAUUCCAACCGCAGAAGAAACCUGGGUGGCGCUCCUGAAGAUCAUGGAACACGUCCGGGACCAUUCCCCUUAACCAAAUGCCACUGUGGGGAGGGUAACUAACAUGGUGUUGCCAACCUCCUGGAGAUGGCUGGAGAUCUCCCAGCAUUACAACGGGUCUCCAGGUUACAAAUAUCAAUCCCCCUGGAGAAAACAGCCACUUUGAAAGAUUCAGUCUCUAACAUUAAA